AUGGAAAUUCCCAGGUGCCUUGAUAAAGCUGCUAUUGUCUCGGAUGCUGAAGAUAAGAUUGGGGAUUCCUCAAAUUCUUGGAGGCUUUGCACUGUAACACAGGUGGAGGAACUGAAGAUAUUGAUACGCAUGUUCCCAAUUUGGGCUACUGGCAUUGUCUUUUCUACUGUUUAUGCACAAAUGUCAACAAUGUUUGUCGAGCAAGGAAUGAUGAUGGACACAACCAUUGGUUCCUUCAGAAUUCCUGCGGCUUCUCUUUCAACUUUUGAUGUCCUUAGUGUUAUUUUCUUGGUUCCGGUAUAUGAUAAGACUCUUGUCCCAAUUGCAAGGAAGUUUACUGGCGAGGAAAGGGGAUUCUCAAAGUUACAGCGCAUGGGAAUUGGCCUCUUUAUUUCAGUUUUAUGCAUGUCAGCAGCUGCAUUGGUGGAGAUCAAGCGGCUUGCGAUUGCAAGGGACCUGGGUUUGGUUGAUGAAGCCGUUGCAGUACCACUUGGUAUAUUCUGGCAAGUUCCCCAAUAUAUCUUGUUGGGAGCUGCAGAAAUCUUUACAUUUAUUGGGCAGAUUGAGUUCUUCUAUGACCAAUCGCCAAAUGCCAUGCGUACCUUGUGUAGUGCCUUCUCACUUCUGACGAUUUCAUUGGGAUAUUACUUGAGCUCUUUAAUUCUAAUUGUGGUUACAUCUGUAACCACCAGAGGUGGAAAGACUGGUUGGAUACCGGAUAACUUAAAUGAGGGCCACCUUGACAAUUUCUUCUGGCUUUUAGCUGGACUGAGCUUCUUGAACAUGGUAAUUUAUGUAUUCUGUGCUAAAAAAUACAAGUCUAAGAAGGCUUCUUGAAGUUUUUAGAAGAUAGUGUUGUACCACAAACUAAUAGAUUGAAGGAGUUACAAUAAUUAUAACAAG